CUCCAUUUAGUUGUCGUGUCGCGGGAAAUCCAAUCAGACGAAAAUGAGAGCUGUCACAUUGAUAUUCGGCCUGCUGCUGGUGGCCAGUAGUUGCUCCUCGGUUCUGGCCAGGCCGCAAGACAGCAGCGCCACAACGCCCAGCAGCACCACGAGCGCUACGAGCACCAAUACGCCAAUGCCGGAAGAAUCUUCUACAAGCACCACAGCUGCGACUGCAACUACUGGGGGUGGUACCACCCCCAGCUCCUCCCCAAGUCCAGCCCCAAGUACCACCCCCAGCACCACCCUCAGUAUCGCUGGGGGCAGCACCACCACCACAACCACUCCAAACCCCGAUGAUGAGGCCGAAAAACUGCUGCAACAAUGUGCCCAGCUGAGCCGCCGGAAGAAGCGCGAUAACUCGUCCUCUUCCGAAGAAGACGACAGUGGCCAGAAGAGGUCGGCGAGGAAAGAGCGCAAGCAGUUGAAGAAACUGUGCAAGCAGUUGAGGAAGCAGCAGGAGCGCAAGCAGGAGGAGGCCCAGAAAUCGGCCUUAACCGAAUUGGCCGAUGCCUUGCGUAACUACUACCAGAAGCAGAGGAACUAAGGCCCCCAACUUAAUAAUUAAAUAAAUUGAAAUAUCUCUUUGUUUUAUAGUAAA